AUGGGUAUCUGCAGCUCUACGUGCUGCGGAGGACGAGCCCGCGAUGGCUUGUACGAACCCGUCCUUGCCGAUAGCGAACGAGAGGCUGUUGCCGAUCUCCUGCAAUACCUAGAAAAUCGCGGCGAAACCGACUUCUUCUCUGGCGAGCCGCUGCGUGCUCUGAGUACUCUGGUAUUCUCGGAAAACAUCGAUCUUCAGCGAAGUGCUAGUUUAACUUUUGCUGAGAUUACUGAACGAGAUGUCCGAGAAGUUGACCGCGACACCCUCGAGCCCAUCCUAUUUCUUCUCCAGAGCCCCGAUAUUGAGGUCCAGCGAGCGGCCAGUGCUGCACUCGGAAACCUGGCUGUCGACACCGAGAACAAAGUCCUCAUUGUGCAACUUGGCGGCCUAACACCUUUAAUCCGCCAAAUGAUGUCUCCCAACGUCGAGGUCCAGUGCAACGCUGUGGGAUGUAUCACCAACCUUGCUACACAUGAAGAGAACAAGGCAAAGAUUGCCCGUUCCGGAGCUCUGGGUCCUCUGACAAGACUCGCCAAGUCUCGAGAUAUGCGAGUCCAGCGAAAUGCUACUGGCGCUUUGCUGAACAUGACACAUUCCGAUGAGAACCGACAGCAACUUGUCAACGCAGGAGCUAUUCCUGUACUUGUUCAGCUGCUUUCUUCACCCGAUGUCGACGUUCAGUACUACUGCACUACAGCCCUCAGCAACAUUGCGGUCGACGCAAGCAACCGACGAAAACUGGCCCAAAGCGAACCAAAACUGGUUCAGUCUCUUGUCAACCUUAUGGACUCGACCUCGCCCAAGGUUCAGUGUCAAGCCGCUCUCGCCCUCCGUAACCUCGCUUCAGACGAAAAGUACCAGCUCGAUAUUGUCCGUGCUAAUGGAUUGCACCCUCUUCUUCGACUUCUUCAGUCCUCUUAUCUGCCGCUUAUUCUUUCUGCUGUCGCCUGUAUACGGAACAUCUCUAUUCACCCUAUGAACGAGUCGCCUAUUAUCGAGACCAACUUCCUCAAGCCCCUUGUCGACCUGCUCGGAUCCACCGAUAACGAAGAGAUUCAGUGCCACGCCAUCUCAACCCUCCGAAACCUCGCAGCCAGCUCCGAUCGCAACAAGGCUCUCGUUCUCGAUGCUGGCGCCGUGCAAAAGUGCAAGCAACUGGUCCUUGACGUUCCCAUCACUGUUCAGUCCGAAAUGACAGCCGCUAUUGCGGUCCUGGCUCUUAGCGACGAUCUCAAGUCUCACCUGUUGAACCUGGGAGUCUGCGGUGUCCUCAUUCCUCUUACUCAUUCUCCAAGCAUCGAAGUCCAAGGAAACAGUGCUGCUGCGUUGGGCAACCUAUCCUCCAAGGUCGGCGACUACUCCAUCUUUGUGCAGAACUGGACCGAACCCCAAGGUGGAAUCCACGGAUAUCUCUGCCGCUUCUUGCAGUCUGGCGAUGCGACAUUCCAGCACAUUGCAGUCUGGACACUCUUGCAGCUCUUCGAGUCCGAGGAUAAGACCCUAAUCGGGCUCAUCGGAAAGGCCGAGGAUAUUAUCGAGCACAUUCGAAGCAUCGCAAACCGCCAGAUCGAACCCGAUAACGAAUUCGAAGAUGAGGACGAGGGUGAGGUUGUCAACUUGGCCCAACGUUGCCUGGAGCUUCUUGGACAGAGCAUGUCCAAGGCCCAUAUCGAGGGCUAA